AUGUCACUCUCUUACCGGUUGCUCCUUCUGGUCGUCUUUGGCGAGCAGCUGCUCUUGCCAGUUUUCUGCUUCAAGGUGCAGACGGGGGCAAGCGUGUCUGCAAUUUCUGCCGCUCCAUGUUUCGCUUCUGGAAGCUGUAAGCCCGGCUCCAAGUCCGCGGUGGCCUCCUCCCACCUGUCGGCGCCUGUCCGGCCUGGUCUACGCCAUGCAGCUUCUUCCUUCUCAGUCGCGCUGCCUGGCGCUUCGAUGACGGAGACCGGAAUGCACAGCGAAGUUGUCCCACAAACUGCUAGUUCGAUUGCUGCUUCGCCUGCUGCCGGUGCAACAUCCGAAGACGAGGAGGCGGUGAGUACAUCCGCCAACGCCGUCGUUACUCGCAAAGAUCUUGUCGCAUCCGUCGCAGCAGAGCUGCAGGUGCCUCAGAAGGACGUGGAGCGAACCGUUAACACUCUGCUGCGGCAUAUCUCAAAUAGUCUCGAGCAGGGCAAUAAAGUUGCAAUCUCCAAGUUCGGAACUUUCGGUCUUCGGAGGCGCGGUGAACGCACGGCCAGAAAUCCUCGUACAGGGGAGCCUCUGAAUGUGCCUGCAUCGACGUUCCCGACGUUCAGUUUCUCCAAGGUUCUCAAAGAGAAAGUUCGUGAGGUGAUGCCUGUUCACCAAGAAGAAAGUGAUGAAGAGCCUAUCGAAGAGAAGAAAAAGGGCCUCUUCUCGUGGUCUUGA